GUUUGCAGAACAGCAUGUUCAAUUUACAUUUAUCCUUUCUAAUGUGUGCAAACACUAGGCGCUGGGCGUCCAGUGAACACUGCACGGGAGGGCGCCAAAAUAGCCUGAGAAGCGGUUUAACGGCACCUCGACGCCUCGAGUUCGAAUUGAGGGACUACGUACCCGUGCCAGCCUGAGUCCACGACUUAUACCUCCCCUUCGCCAAUGCGAGCUUCAUGUCAAACAAUAAAAAGGUCGCUAUUUUCUGGGAUUAUGAAAAUUGUAGCCCUCCCUCGAAUUCGCAAGGACAUGCCAUUGUAAAUGGCAUACGACGAAUUGCCCAUGUCUUCGGAUACGUCACGUCGUUCAAAGCAUACCUUGACAUAUCCUCACAGUCCCCCAAGUCUGUCGGGUUUCGCUCUGACCUUCAGUCCUCUGGGGUGUCCAUGACCGACUGUCCCCACAACGGCAGGAAAGACGUCGUAGACAAGAUGAUCCUUGUGGAUAUGCUUGCAUUUUCCAACGAUCAUCCUCCGCCUGCCACCAUUAUCCUGAUAGCCGGUGACCGAGAUUAUGCCUACGCCGUAUCAACCCUCCGCCUUCGACAGUAUAAUGUCGUUCUCAUCGUACCUCCGGCGCCAAAUAUUCCAC